AUGCCGGGCGACGUGCGCGAGGCCGACGCGCAGCCCACGGGCUUGCAUGGCGUCGCACACACGAUCAAGCGCGUCGGAAUGACCUACCUAAACUAUUUUCGCAUCCACCUGCUCUUUUUCGCGACCGUGUCGCUCGUGGCCUCGGGCAUCCUGUACGGCAUGAACGGAGACAGGCACGUCGCCUACAUCGACUGCCUCUUUCUCUGUGCAUCGGCGAUGAAUGUCACAGGCAUGGUCACGGUUCCCGUGUCGCAACUCACGCUGGGGCAGCAGAUCCUCCUCUUUAUCCUGAUGAUGCUCGGCAACUUGAUCGUGAAUAGCAUGGCGGUCGUCUUGAUACGGCGGCACAUGUUUGGGCGCGCAUUUCGCAACAUUGUCAAGCACAAUGUCUCGCUCCAGCGGCGUCUGCGCGACCUGGAGCAGCAGGAGCUCGAGGAACUCCACCACGACUUCGACCGCAUCCGCGGUUUCUUUCACGGAGAGCAUGCGCCGCGCAAGCCAAGCAUGUCUGUACAUGCGCUCGAUGAGACCCGCGCGCAAGAGUGUGCAGAAGAGCAUGAAAUGGGCGAUGCGGCGCCUUCUCAUACAGCCACGGAUACCCCUGAGCCGACCCCAUCCCCUGCGCCCGUGCAGCGUCCCAAGCCGACGCUGCGGCGCACUAUGAUCAAGAGUAAAAGCAGGGGCAUGGGCGAUUUUCCAUCGUUGAUUGACUUGACGUCACUGGUCUACCGCAUGGCCCGCGCCUGGUCGCACGGAUGGAAGUACGGCAAGCGCCCGCCGCAGGCCGCGGCGGACAAGUCCGAGGCGGCGCAGGACGCGCCGUUUGUAUUUUCGCGACUGCGACCUGAGCGGAAUUCGCGCUUUCGGAACCUCACGACCGCGCAGCGCAACGAGCUCGGGGGCGUCGAGUACCGCGCGCUGGAUUUACUUGCGUGGCUCAUCCCCAUCUACUGGAUGAGCUGGGUGGUGCUCUCGUUGGUAGUUACCAUGCCCUACCUGGCGAGUGGGAGCGCCGCACAGUACCGCACGUACCUCGACGAGCAGCCCGGCCCGCCCCGCAAUAUUCAGUGGUUCUGGGUGUUUCAGACGGUCUCGGCGAUUACCAACACCGGCCUGUCGUUUUCCGACAUGAGCAUGCAAAAGACGCUCAGCGGCGCGUAUAUGAUCCUCAUCCCGACUACGGUCCUGACGCUGAUUGGCAACACGGCGUACCCCGUGGUGCUGCGUUUUCUGCUCUGGGUCAUGUCCAAGUGCGUCGCGCGCAAAUCGCAGCUUGGCGAGUCGGUGCAAUUUCUGCUGGACCACCCCCGCCGCUGCUUCCUGUACCUCUUUCCCAGAGAGAAUACAUGGUUCCUCUUUUUUGCCAUUGUCACCUUGACGCUCCUCGAGUGGCUCUUGCUCAUGGUCCUGGAUUUGAACCGGCGCAACGACUUUCCGUCGGUGGGGACGUGGGUCUUUGGCGCAUUCUUUCAGUCGGUCGCGACGCGCUCGUCCGGUUUUCAGACCUUUGACAUUCUGCGCCUUGCGCCUGCGAUCCAGAUUUUGCAGGUGCUCAUGAUGUACCUCGAAGUGUACCCCUUGACCAUGGCCGUGCGCACGACCAAUGUCUACGAAGAGCAGAGCCUCGGCAUUUUCGAGAGCCCCCAAGAGACCUCUGAGCCCGCGCCAGAGCCCAAGUCGUGGGGCGGCCGUUUCCUGCGCGAGCAGAUCCAGCGGCAGGUCGCCUACGACCUCUGGUGGGUCGGCCUCGCGAUCUGGAUCGUGUGCAUUGCCGAGCAAGGCAAAAUUCAGAACGAAGAACGAUACCCCUACCUGCAAAUUUUUACCAUUAUUUACGAGCUCAUCUCGGCCUACGGCACGGUCGGCCUGUCGUGCGCGCCUAGCAACGUCUCGCUCUCGGCAGAAUUCUCCACCAUUUCCAAGCUGAUCGUCAUUGCCGUCAUGUUUCGCGGCCGCCACCGCGGCCUCCCCGGCGCAAUAGACCGUGCGAUUAUGCUCCCCAGCGAGCUCCUUUCGUACGAAUCCGCACCCGACGCCGACAAGGAUCCCGACGCACGCGCCUCGAGCGUGCGCGCACACCCCUCCGACACGCGCCAGCGCGCCGCGUAG